CUGGCAUCCCUGGUCGGACGUAUUUUGACGUUUGUUACAACCGGUAACCGCAUGGUGCACGUAAACAUCUUCGAAAGCAAGUGUUAAAAAUUACUUUAAAGUACAGUUUUUGGCGAUUUGGGAAGCCACCACUUCAAUCAACCGAGAUUACAAAAUACUGCGUGUCAAUCAUUCCGGUACUAACAUCAUUUAACCAAGCAACAUGCAACAAGACGAGAUUACCUGGAGCAUUAUUAGCAGACAGUUCUGCUCGUUCCAAGUAAAAACAGUAACGCAAAACUUUUGCCGCAAUGAGUACAACCUGACCGGGUUUUGUUCGCGCAGAUCGUGUCCGAUCGCAAACAGUCAGUACGCGACGGUGCGGGAGGAUAAAGGGAUUAUCUAUCUGUACAUGAAGACGGCGGAGCGGAACGCGUUCCCGUCCAAGCACUGGGAAAAGGUGAAGCUGUCCCGUAACUUUGACAAGGCGGUAUACCAGAUCAAGGAGAAUCUGCUAUUCUGGGACAGAUGGGUGCAGAACAAAUGCAAGCAACGGUUUGUGAAGAUCACCCAAUACCUCAUACGUAUGCGAAAGUUAAAGCUGCGUCGACAGAAAAUGUUGGUACCGUUGGCGAAGAAGAUCGAGCGGCGAGAACAGCGCCGGGAGGAGAAAGCCCUGAUCGCGGCCCGCAUCGAUAAUGCGAUCGAGAAAGAGCUGAUGGAGCGGUUAAAGAUGGGCAUGUACGAGGACAUUUAUAACUUCCCGCAAGUAGCGUUUGAGCGUGCACUCGACGCGGAAGAGGUGGAAGAGGAUGACGCGGAAGCGACGGACGAGGAGGAGCGUGAGAUGGAGGAGGAGGAGGAAUAUCGGGAGCAGGAGAAGAUGAGGCACGUGAGCGAAAGUAUGCGGCGCGAGCUAGAGAUGACGGAUGAGUUUGUCGAGGGCGAUACGGACGACGAUGAUCAGGAUUCGGACAUGGCGAGCGAAUCGGGCGUAAGAGAACACGUCGAGGUGGACAGCGACUUUGAAUCAGACGAGGGAUCGGAUAUGGAGGACUAUGUGCCGAAAGUGUCUCUGCGGCCACCGAAAUCUGACGACGAGGAAGACACACCCGCUGCACCUGCAACACCCGUAGAAGCACCGACGGCGAAGAAAAAGUCGCGCAAAAUCCGCAAACCGAAGCUCGAGCUUGAGUAUGAAGUGGAAGCUGAACCAACGGCGCGGCGUCGCAUACAUCAGUGAGGUUGGUUGUUGUUUGGUGGAUCGACAUCUUACCAGGGAUUGUGUCCGUUCGACCGCUUCUGGCCCUUUUUUUACCUUUUAUAUUUUUGAAUGCAUUUUCUUGGGUUUUUUUUUUUUGUUUUUUGCUUCUUUGAGGCGAUGCCAUCCCUGCAUUUGCCUUUUGCGGAAUUAUAGCUCGUAAGUAAAUCGCGUGAAUCAUUCGUGAUCGACCAUUACCAGCCGAGGAAUGGGAAUGCGCAAAUGUGCGUUCAUCUGUUUAGAGCUUAUAUUUUUUCUACUUCUCGCACAGCCUACAGUAAUGCUGUAACGUCCAUUUUUUUAGCCUUCCCAUUCCUUGUUGUUCAAGCAGAAAAAAAGAGAACCGAAUUAAAGAAAUUGUUCCCGUGUCAUUCAGAAGUGAAUAUUGUUUUUGCGUCUUUUUUUUUGCUGUAUCAUUAACGUCACACUAGCAAACAUGCUGACAUGAAGCAUAUUUAUGAUCUUCUAAAAUAAAUAAUUACCGCCAAGAUGGUAA